AUGUGGCCUCUUCUUCCACCUCCACACGUGGUUACAGUAUUCUUCGUCCUCCAAGUGCCUGCUGGGAAAGGAUUCGUCCAUGCCACCGGCAUCCAUAAUUCUUCUAACCAAGACUCUGGGGUUCGGCCAGUGCCUUUUGGCCCUCCUCUCCACGCAGAGGGGCUCACGGGCCAUCAGGCUGAGGCAAGGCCCAAGAAGGUGUUCGAGCCCAUCAGAGGUCAACCCGACUGCUCCUUUUUCUCCUCAGCUUUUAUUGCACUCAACCGCAGGGGCAACUGCUCCUUGGCCUCAAAGGGCCUUCACGCUCAGCAAGCUAGAUCCCAGGCUGCUGUUGGGCACAAUGUGAGCUCCCAAAGCCCUGUGAGCAUAGCAAGCGAGGCAGAUGCCAUGCAGAAGAGUCACAUCCCCUCCAUGUUUCCUGCAGACGGGUCUUCCAAACCCAUGAAGCGGCUCCAUCACUCUCAGGGAGCGGCCUCUGCCAUCUUGAUCCAUUUGCCCCUCAGCUCCAACAGGGCAUCUACGACUCCUACCUGCAAGUGUCAGAUCCGGUUGCUGGCUCCCAGCUCAUACACCAUGAUCUUCCCCAUUUUCUGGAUGGCUUGCCUCGUCGAGUCCACUGCCCUUGCCUUGUUGCUCAUGGAGAAAUAUUUUUGGAAGCUCAAGGAGUGGAAAGAGGGGAAGACCCAGCCGUCCCAAGAAACGGGGAUCGAGUUCCGCAGUUCCAGCUAUCAAGACUGUGCUAUCUGCCUGGAGAGGUACCACGGGCACCACAGCUUGAAAGUCCUCUCCUGCUCUCAUGCCUUUCACAGCACAUGCAUUGACCGCUGGCAUCUCAGCCAGAGCUGGAGAAAGACCUGCCCUCUCUGCAUGCAGAACGUGAGGCUGGUCGCCCUUCUGCAAGCGCGGAGGUUGUGGGAAGAAAAGGCAAGAGGCCAGGCAAUUGUAAACAAGUAA